GUAACUGGGUUCAAGAUGGCGGCGGGCUGGAGGAUUUUGCGAGGAACUGGCUAUCGGCUGUUACUUGUGGCGGCGAGGAAGCAACUGUGUGUCCUGGAUUUUCCCAAACGCUACUUAAAUUUCAAAUUGGAUGAGAAGACAGCUCACAGCUGCUUAGACCUUUUCAAAAAAGAGACGGGAGUUAUCUACCGUAUGAUUGGCAUUGACCCAAGUAAAGUGCCAAAAAACCCUGAGCGCUUCAGAGAGUGGGCUGUGGUCUUGGCUGAUGUGACUCUUUCAACUGGGAGACAUUACUGGGAAGUAACAGUGAAACGAUCUCAAGAGUUCCGAAUUGGGGUGGCAGAGGCAAACAUGUCACGAGAAGAAUGUAUUGGUGCCAAUGAUUGCUCCUGGGUUUAUGCCUAUCUCCAGAGGAAGUGGUACUCCAUGUCUUCCAGUGAGAUGGUACCAGUUGACUUCUUUGGAAAGCCUGAUCGAGUGGGCUUUCUUCUGGACUGUGACAACAAGGAGCUUAGUUUAAUAGAUGUUGAGAAAGCAGCGGUUGUUAGCACAAUAACAGUUGAUUUCAAGAUGCCACUAGUUCCAGCCUUUGCGCUAUGGGAUGGAGAGCUCUUAACACAUUCAGGCAUGGCCAUUCUGCAAGGCAUCUGAAUUCCCUCCUGCCUUCCAGUGAAGGUGUUUUCUAUCUGGACUUCAUUCUGUUCGCUGUGUAAUUUUUCAGGAAUUGGCUACAAUAAUUUGUCUUUUGAAGAAGAGUUAUCCUUUUGACCUCUUGAUGUACUGUCUAAAGACUGUGUCCAUGUUUUAUCCAGCUAUGAGCAAUAUACAAAUGCUGCUAAUAUUGAGAUCUAUGUAAUUUCCUGAGAAUACACAUGUAACCUCUCUUCAGUGUGGAAGAGAAUUUUACAAAGAAAAACAGAUUUUGGUCCUUGUUAACAAUGAGAGGACUUAAAUCUCUAUUGGCUGGUUCUGGUUCUGGCUUUGUGCAACUCUUUCCACAUUGGAUAAUUGUAUGACCAGCUCUUAAAAUGCCAAGAUGUAAUUAAGGGGAUGUGCUUAAUUGAGGUGUAGAGGUCUGCAUUAAAAAAAGUCAAGACUGAAGAAGUAAAUGAUCAACAGUGUUGCAUGAAGUUAUAAUUAAGUAUUCUAUUCUAUCUGUAUUCUAAGAAUUUAAUAAAAUGUGAUUUUAAAAGCAUUGACUGUGUCAGCUUUAUUGUAGUAAAAUGUCCCAAGGCAUUUUACAGGGCUAUCAUCAAACUGACCAUACACUGACCUGGGGAAUCUCAAUUCUCCCCCACCCACCACCACCACCAAGCAGCCCCCAAGCUCAUAGUUCACCAACCCCUUACAA